CUCUCGAUUGGUGAGUGUUUUGUUCAGACCAGAACCGUUAGUAUGGUUGGUGAACUGACAAAAGAACAGAUUCUUGAGUUCAAAGAAGCUUUGUGUCUGUUUGCCAAGGAUGGUUGCAUUACAUUGGAAGAACUUGCGGCGAUUAUUCGAUCGUUAGACCAUAGCCCAUCCGAGAAAGAACUGCAGGACAUGAUCGACGAGGCUGCUGCUGCUGACGGUGACGGCGCGAUCGAGUUUGCGAAGUUCUUGGGCUCGAUGGCUAACAACAUCAAGGAGGAUACUGAUGUGGAGGAGGAGCUCAAGGAGGCUUUCAAGGUCUUUGACAGGGAUCAGAAUGGUUACAUAUCUCCUAGUGAGUUGAGGCAUGUGAUGAUCAACUUAGGGGAGAAGCUGACAGAGGAAGAAGUGCAGCAGAUGAUAAGUGAGGCAGACUUGGAUGGUGAUGGUCAAGUUGAUUUUGAAGAAUUUGUGAAGUUGAUGAGCACCAUUGGAUGAGUUUCUAAUUCCUUUAUCCAAAAAUGUAAUUUGCAAAAAGAAUCGUCAUUUCCUUGUAAAAACUGCAUUUGCCCUAUUGCCUCCCUUCAAUUUGCGUACCUAUCAUAGGACUUUAACAUUCUAAUUUUCAUUCAUCUUGUUGAUCUUUUGUACAUUCUUCCAUUUCUAAUGCAAAUUCGUGGACAUCUUUUUUCC